CACACACACACACACACACGCCGCACCAUCAUUUGAGGGCACGGUGAGGGCCCACACACACAAACCUCUUGCCCGGAGUGAGCGGCUGCUGAGGAAUACACUCUUCCUCUGGCCCAGACUGAGGAAUCCCCCUCUCCCAGAGAGAGGCACCGAUGAAGACGCCCUCUCCCUUUCCGGGGGUUAUUGAUCAGAGUCCUUUCUGAGAUUGUGUUUAUUUUUUAAAACUGUAAUCAAGUGUCAUCAGAGCUUCAACGGGCGGGCCUAGUAUUCUGUUGUGCUCUCAUGGCAAUGGAACCAGAAGCAGAGUCACCAGAGAUCCCAUUUGCUGCCAACACAGAUGAAGAAUCUACAGGAAAGGCCACAGUGACGAGUUUGGACAGUUCAUGCCCCUCAACGUUCAAUGGCAUUAUCCAGGAAAACAGGGUGCAUUCAACCCCAGAGGUAAAAGGACCUGAGGCUGCUCAGUGGCCAGAGUAUUUGAACUCUGAGCAUUCCUGCUUUUCAGCAGAGCUCAAGCUUGCUUUGCAAAGUGAUCGGCAUCUGGUGCGGAGUUAUACUUACACUAGUGAAGACUCUUCGAGUGCUGGUGAUUCAUCUCCAUCUUCCAGUACUAACCUCGCUGAAUCUGAUGAGUUGUCAUCAGAGAAGAAUGAAGGGAGGAUGACCCUGUGGGCAGGAAGCUACAGGUCCUCAGAUGACAACCCCUCAACGAGAGAUGGAGAAGAGCAGCCUCAGUAUGAUAGGGCUGGACCUGCCUCAUCCUCCCGGACCCGAGUGGCCAAGACCAUUCAAUCCAGCUCCAAUGUGAAAUGGGUGAACUCGUCAUCGCGAAAGGUGCCCAGAAUAAAGAAAUGUCAGCGGACUCAAAAACAGAAGGAGCAGAUACAGCGGGUGCGCAGAGCAAGGGAGGCAGUAAUUCGCAGGAAGUGUGCCCCUCAAUGGAUUGGCAGCUCCAGUGAUGGGGAUUCCAGCAGUAAUUCUGAGCUCGAUGAAGUCGUCGCCUGUGACAGUAGCCAGGCCAGCCAUCGGAAUCCUCUUGACCCAAUGGAUGAAGAUGAUGUUUUGGUCAUUGAGCCUCUGACCAGUUCCACUUUGCCAGUUAGUGAAGAAGUGAACAUCACAUCCAGUGAUAGUGAGGUGGAGAUCAUCAACGUUGUAGAUGAUGAAAGGCCCUCAGUGUCGGGAACGUGGAUUGGCCACACUGUAAAGAAACCAGCAAGUUCCAGGCUCCAGGCUCCACCUGGACACCACACCACCUCUGCAGAGGUUGUAGACCUGACACUCGAUGAUAAUGAUACACUAACUAUGUUGGGUGAUCUCCCUCCUGAUGACUCCCUCAGUAGUCCUGAAAUUGUACAGCCAGGUUUGGCGAAAGACCCAUCAACAGGAGUGUCUCCGGCAGUUAACAUCUCUGCAACAAAUGUACCAUGUGCAUCCUUCAGCACUGCCGCUGCUGCUUGUACAUCCACCGUCACUUUAGCAGCUUCCCACAUGGUAUCAGGAGAGAGGGCAGUGACCUCUGUCAGUGCAAUGUCACCAUCUUGCCAACUUCAGAGAGCCUCGAAAUAUAGUGCCUGCUGCUCCCAGCGCUGUCGAUGCAGUUCUGCCAGACUGGGCUCUCACCGGCCCUGCCCUGCCCACUCGUACUUCCAGCAGUAUCACACUGAGCAGGUGCAGGGCCAGCCAUACCAAGCCCAGCCUUCUCAGCCUCACCAUCUUCAUUCCCACAACCAAUUCCUCAAUCAGAGCCAUCAAUCAUGGACCCACCAACCUCACCCCCACUUCCCACCACCAGAAUUCCAGCACGUCCAACCAACCAGAUCACAGUCUGUGAUCAGCGGUACCAACAUACGAGGAGGGGAGAUUCCAGCCACGCAGGGGAAUCAGGCUUCUUCAUGUGAUCUCACUAACCUAGACGAAGAUAUUGAUGGUGUUGAAGGUGCCCAGAAGAGCAGUGCCCAGACACCAUCUUGGCAUGCCCAUAAUUCUGAAGAGAUGGAAGUGAAUGGAAGCCAUUCUGGUACAGCCCAGCCCAGGGUCUUGCAGACACCGACUGUUUUGUCACCGACCAUUUGGCACACUCCCCCAAACGAGGAUUCUGCGUUCUCAAGAGCUUUAGCUCGUCCCACACCCACUACUCAGGCAGUAAGUCUGUCCUGUCAGCCUCCCACAUCAACCAGUUAUCCCAUUGCACGGCCAGUGCCAUCUUAUCAUACCCGCAUGCAACCUGGACUCUCAACAACAUACAGACCGACUGCUUCCCAACAGCUUCCACCUAUGCCAACUUCUCAGCAGCCAGUGCCACCUCUACACAUGGUACCAUUUCAGCAGCCACCCCUAGCAGCUCCUCCUCUGCUAAUGAACAGUCCAUUAGUGCCAGCUAGUACCCCACAGCAACAGCAGCAGCAACAAUGCUCUGUGUAUCAGCAGCAACAACAGUGCUCGGUUUAUCAGCAGCAGCAACAGCAGUGCUCUGUGUAUCAGCAGCAACAACAGUGUUCAGUCUAUCAGCAACAGCAGCAAUGCUCUGUGUACCAGUACCAACAACAGCAACAGUGCUCUGUAUAUCAGCAACAGCAGCAGUGCUCAGUCUAUCAGCAGCAACAACAGUGUUCGGUGUACCAGCAAAGGGGCCCCGAAAUCCAAAGAAACCACUGGAUGGAGACAGUCCGGGAAGAAAGGGUGACAUCCAACUUCCCCCAAUACCAUUCUGGACAUGUCCACCUACACCGAUACCAGUUGGUGCCACCCAGACUGCAUCUGAUUUCCAUGGCGACACCCUCCAUUCCUGUGGUGAUGCCUGAUAUCUUCAUGCACCCACAUCUACAGGUGUUUCCUCAUCAUGGUCUGCGGGGGAUGCAAAGUCAUGUCACCAUGCACAGGGGUUACCAGGACCUGCUGCACCUGGAGGAUCAAUUCAGUGACUUAAACCAUGGAGCAUCGCAAAGCACCAUUGAAAGAUACACCUUCCUGCACAAGUAUGAAAAGAGGACACUGGAGACCUGUGAGGAAGGGAAGGAGGCAGCUGAGGUGGAAGAGAAAUGCACAAUAUGUCUGUCACCUUUAGAGGAAGGAGAAGAUGUCAGGCGUCUCCCAUGCAUGCACCUCUUCCACCAGAUUUGUGUGGACCAAUGGUUGGCCACCAGUAAGAAGUGUCCCAUUUGUCGAGUGGACAUUGAAGCCCAGCUUCCUGUUGACACCUAACUGCCUGGAAACAACAGAAGGAUUUGGUGUCAAGUUCCCUGAUUAUUCUGGACUUUGGGAAUUUAAAUCUGGAAACUGUAUGGAGUCCUCAGCUUGUGCUGACUGGAUUCGAAGGUAUCAAACAAUAUUUGGACCCAGGUGUUCUCUGCCAAUGUUAAUCCUGACAUACAUUGUGCUCCUGAAAUACCAGCAUCUCAUCCACAACGAAAGGGCCAUUGCCUUAAACAAUCAAAACUCGCUGUUUUGACCAGAGAGCAUUUCCACCUCAGCCUCGCAUGGGAACAGAAGAAAUUCCAAACCCAAGAUCAGACCAAAGGAUACUGAGAUACACUCUAUUGCUAUUGUCCAUAAGAGCUUUUUCUGAUCAUCGGCGGUUACCAGGCUGUGUAACUCUGCACUGACCGGAGUUUUAAAUGUCCCCUCCGAAAUAAACAUCAGGCUGUAAUGCAAAGAGUUAAAUGGAUUCCACCUCUGAUGCAGGAGGUAUUUAGUGUUGUGUGAUUGAUGCUGGAUUGGAGAGUGUGUGCAUUAGUUAUCCAGAGUAUUGUAAAGACACAGAUUGUCCCUCCUCCAAGGAAGGAGGAGGAAAGCCAUCAUGAAUUUACAGACUGAGGGGGAAGGACUGGCGUACAUAAUUGCACAUGGACCACGACAACAUGCAUAUAAUUCAGCGUAAUUGUUACACUUGACUGAAAGUCUGCCCUCCAAUUCCUGCUCACCGAAGGUAUAGGAAUACCACAGGAUCAAGGCGAUGUUGACAGACCAGAGAAUAUCGCAGGUGUGAAUUCCCUACUCACGGCAGACCAAUGCUGGAGAUUCCUGGAGACUCAUCCGCAUGCAAGGAUUUUGACAAAUUAAUACUUUGCUGUCUUGUUACAUUUAUCUGUCUAUCCUCAGCAACAGCGGGGUUUGUGAUUAGGGAAGUUGCACUGUAUCCGUAGAGAUGGACAGAAACACAGCUCAUUAUUUCAUUGGUCCACCUUACAGCCUUAGCUAACCACGGUAAUCCAAAGGCUAGAACCAAGGGUCACUGGUGUCCUCCACAACCCUCCCUGAAAUUGAUCCCGGGGUCAUCUGUAGCAUUCUGACCCCAGUCUCCCACCCUCCCUCAGCCCUGCCACGGACACUGAUCCUGGGAUCUCUGUGAACCCCAGGGUUGAUUGAAUGUAUAAAAUCUCCACAGAUUACAUAUGAAAUUGGAGCUCCUGCUAGAUUGGAACCUGAUCUGAACUGAGACCUCCAGUGUUUGCAAUUCCACGAUGCUUCUGAAAAGGACAGCCAAUGGUGGCCACUCUGGGAGAUGGUAGCUUCAACCUAAAUCCGGAGUGCAAGAACAAUGUGAAUGAAUCAGUGAGUGUUCCUGGAGGAACCAGACAACUGAAAGUGACCCUGCAGUUCAUGGCCCAGGUGUUGGUCCCAGUACAAAGGGGGAGGUAUCUGUAUUGACAGUCAUACUAAUCACAGAAUGUCAAUUACUUAUAGGUCUAAAAAUGUGCAGCGCCUGCAGUCUUCCAGAGGGCACGUUAGAUUUUCUGAGAUGACAGUGCGGAGUCUUGUUCCAUGUACUGUGUAGUCCCUGUAGGUAGUGUGUGUUGUAAUCAGCAUUAUGUUUUUGCAUAACAUCAUUUUAA